AACAAGCACAAACAUCGAGAGAUGAAACACUGAAAGAGCCAGCCCCGAAGAGACCGCGACUUUCCAUCACACCAGAAACACUUUUAUUUCCUCCUCCUCGUGACUGGCAGCAGUUUGAAAAGUUUGGACACGUGACAAAGGCCUUCCUGGAGGACAAGCGAUUCAGCAGCCACUACCACCGCGGGAUCUUCAGCUGCGAGGAUCUGAUCCACCUCUGGAGGAGCUGCUGGUGUUUGCCAAACUGGAGAGUGAGGAGGGUCCAGAGACCUGGUUGAUGCCGAGUGUCCUGAGACAUGUGGCGGAGGAGAAGGUAAAGGAAGUGUGCGUGUCGGCCGGUCCCCUAGUGGUAGACUUCCCCGACGGAGGUCCCCAGAACGGAAUCUUCUGCUCACUGAUGGCCCACGUCCUGUCUCCCCAGCACCCUCACCCCCACCCCUGGAAACUCUGCCUCUCCUCCAACCUGCCAAAGUGUUUGUAUCGCGACUGCAUCCAGUUUCAUGUUCCAGAUUUCGGUUCCGUCACUCUGGUGGAUCGCUUCCAGUACUUCGAGGCCCACGUCUCAGACACCACCAACAAGGAAGAAGAACAGAAACUAUGGCAACACGUCGGCAAAUCCAUCUUCAACGGAAUUGAAAAGGUGUCGGACAUGCUGGGCUACUCCAACAACAAGCCACGGCCAGCCAUCAUCUGUCCAAAGAGCCACUCAGACAAGGCCCACACAGCCUACAUCAAGGAUGGAAAAUGGAACUGCACCAGUGACAUGAUAAUUCGCGGCACUUUGGCAGAAAUGGACAACUUUCCAUGCUGGUUUGCAAAACCAUGCGAGGAGCAGUCUGCAGUGUCAGUGUUAUCCAGUGAGCCAUCAGCCAUUGCCGAGCCACCCAGAGCCACUUUAGAUGCCCGCACAGCACUCCACUGCAGACACACAGCAGUCCACUGCGGACACACAGCAGUCCACUCCAGACACACAGCACUCCAUUCCAGACACACAGCAGUCUACAGAGUCCCAGUCACUGCCUCAGCCCAGCUACCACUCCACUUUAGGGGACCAGAUACCAGUUAUAAGUCCAGUGGCCACAUUGAAACAGUAUCCAGUACUUUUGGUGAUUCGAAAGAAGUGGAUACUUGUGUCUUAGAAAUUGGUGAAAUGCCAGUACCGGGACCAACAGCAACACUCUCUGAAGACCUCUGUUUUCCUAGUAUCUCAGCUAUUUCUCCUCAGGGAACUCUGGCCACCUGCAGAAAUCUCAUGGUGUUUCCUCCCUCAGUGAGAGAGAAGAAUCAGAGAAAACGGUUCCAAUCUACUGUGGAGAGUGUCCUAUACCAGAAUGUAUGACUCAAACCUCCACCCUGUAUGACUGCACUAAUAAGGGAAUGACGUAUGUUGAUGAAACCAAUGACGUCAUUUUGGAAAUCCCAGAGGGAGCCAUUCCUGAGGAAGAGAGACUCACGGUUGAUGUUGGAGUGGCUCUCUUUGGCCCAUUCCAGUUCCCAGAAGGUCUUAGACCUGUGUCUCCUGUGUUCUGGGCCUGUGUUCGUGACAAUAGCAAAUUCCAGUUCUUGAAACCAGUCACAGUCACUAUCCCUCACUUCCUUGAUCUUGACAAUGAGGACAAAAUGGAAUUUCUGGGCCUCACUUUCCUGAAAGCACACCACAACAAAAACUCUGCGGGACUGUAUGAAUUCCAGCCAUUAACAGAGGGCGAAAUGGACUUUAACACUCUCAGAACACAUGGCAUUCUUGGAACCUCGCAUUUUUGCAGUCUCUGUCUUGCUGCAAAAUUCAUACCAAGGAGUACAGAGUUUUGCAUCACAUCUGUUGUUCCACAUUGUCCAGGUCCAGUUGGUAAGAAUGUCGGGGGUUGUUUCUUUGUUACCUUUCUCAAUCUGAAGACUUGUCUCGAAAAAGUUGAAACUCUGAUUAAUAAAAUGUACAGAGAGGGAUACAAGACGCGGAGGGUGCCCUUUAGGUUCAAAAGUGACACAGAAGAUCCUGCACUUGAGAUGACCUUCUCUCAACCAAAACAUGGUCAAAUUGGAUGGAAAGGAAGGGACACGGUUUUUCGUAGCGAAGUGGAUUUCUUUGUGAAGGACAAUAUUUCUGAGGGGGAACUACAGUGUCUGCAGAGUGAUGAGUUUUAUCCUCCACGAUUUGAAGUGUUCUUUGCCUCUUUCAAGGAGAAUGCAACACUCAGUGAUGGCCAGAUUACCUUCAGUGGAGCCACUAGUGGCAUCAAGUUCAACUUAGACUUGGACCUACCUGACUUUACAAGUCCUCCUGUUACCUCUCCUGCAGGCAAACAGCAGCAGUCCACAGUGUCAGAGCAGCCCAGUCACCACUACACACUCCCAGCCACCUCCUACACUUCCCAACAGUCCACACUAGAUAUUGAUGACAUUUUGAUGUGGUAUCUGAACUGGAUGACGUGGCUCACAUGUGGAAGUCACUGGGAGGAGCUCUCAGACUACGACAGCCUCGACCUCGAUAGAAUCAAAGCUGAUCACCAACAAGACUCUAGGAGCUGUCUGGAAAAGAUGGUGACCAUGUGGCUGAACCAGUCUUACAACACGGAGCGUUUCGGACUGCCUUCAUGGAAGAUGUUGGUGGAGGCAGUGGCCCAUCGCAAUGGGGGGAACAACAACGCCCUUGCCAUACACAUUGCCACCAAGUACAAAGGUCAGUGUGAGAGAGAUGUAUAUACAUCUGUCCAUACUCACAGUGACCAGUACAAUGCUACCUUUGGUGCACUCUAGAUAGAGAUAUUAUUGCCAC